AUGGAUCCACAGCACCAUUUGGCUAUGACAAAUGCGUAUCUUUCUGCUGGUGUUGAUAUGCAGGCAUUGACGGCGGUACAGCCGCUGUCGAAGAUCAAUGCAAGUAUGGGUAUGGCCAUGCAUGCUGUUGAAGAUAUGCUGCUAGAUCCAGAGCCGACGUCACCAGCACCGUCAACUGCGUCGUCGAGAGAAACAUGGCAACAAAAACGCCAUGUGUGUGAUUUGCCCAACUGCGGUAAAAGUUUUGACUCGAAGUGGGCACUUGUUCGUCACAUUCGUGUUCAUACAGGAGAAAAACCAUUCCCCUGUACGCACCCAUCGUGUGAUAAAUCAUUUGCUGAAAAAUCUGCCAUGACGCGCCAUUUGCAAACACACUCGCGCGAUAAACCUUAUAAGUGCACGUAUGCGGAUUGUUCUAAGAGUUUUAAAGGCAAAGAUUAUCUUGAAUUCCAUUUAAAAAUCCAUGCUGAAGGCAACCCUUAUGCGUGCGACCAUCCCACGUGCUCAAAAAGUUUCUGCAGUCCCAAAAGUUUAAAGAAGCACAUCAGAUUAUGGCACAAUCCUGGAGGCAAGAGCACUUCCAUGGAACAGCAGCUAAGAGAGCGCAUCAUCAAGAUGGCUACGCGCAAUAAGGAGAAGACACGAAAGUUCGAGGCAACUAUUCGAGUGCUCAUGGAGGAAAACGAGUCGCUGAAACGGAGGGUUGUCGAACUUGAGUGCCGUCAACAACUGUAG